AUGGCAACUGCAACUAUGGCCACCGCAGCCGGUGCAGCUGCUCUCUUGUAUUACACAUUGAACCGCAAGUUACAGACCGGCGGCGCUGAUGAUGACGAAACAGGCGGUGUCUUGCCCAAUCAGGCGCCUUUGGGGAUUGACCGGGUUUCCAAUAGGUUAAUUCAGGCCCCGGCUACGUGGCUCGAGACUAUUUCCACAUUGUCUGAGACUCUUAGGUUUACUUACUCUGAGACUCUCGGUAAGUGGCCUAUUGGGGAUUUGGCUUUCGGAAUCAGCUUCCUCCUCAAGAGGCAGGGAAACCUACUUGUUGAUGGUGUAUUUGGUGGAGAAGACAGUCAACAGCUAAAGGGGCCUGAAAUUGUAGAGGAACUUAAGUACCUCUUGAACUUAUUGACACUGUGUUGGCACUUCUCCAAGAAACCUUUUCCUUUAUUUUUAGAGGAGACGGGUUAUUCUGAAGAGAAUGUUCUUCUUCAGGAACCUAAAGCAGGAAUCUUGAAGCCUGCUUUUACAGUUCUAGUUGAUCAUGACCUAAAAUGUUUUCUCUUGUUGAUUCGUGGAACCCAUAGUAUCAAGGACACUCUAACAGCAGCAACAGGAGCUGUUGUACCUUUCCAUCAUAGUGUUGUGAAUGAGGGUGGGGUCACCGAUCUAGUGUUGGGUUAUGCACAUUGUGGAAUGGUUGCGGCUGCAAGGUGGAUUGCAAAGCUUGCAAAACCGUGUCUUUUGGAAGCUCUUGAGCAAUAUCCUGACUAUGAACUUAAGAUUGUAGGCCAUUCUUUGGGGGGAGGCACUGCAGCACUUCUAACAUAUAUAUUGCGUGAGCAGAAAGAAUUUGCAACAACCACUUGUGUGACGUUUGCUCCAGCUGCCUGUAUGACAUGGGAAUUGGCAGAAUCAGGAGCUAAUUUUAUUAUUUCUGUUGUGAAUGGUGCCGACUUAGUGCCUACCUUCUCUGCUGCAUCAGUGGAUGAUUUACGUGCUGAGGUAACUGCUUCUGCUUGGCUAAAUGAUCUGAGAAAUCAGAUCGAGCAGACAAGAAUCCUUAGCACCGUCUAUCGUUCUGCUUCAGCUUUGGGUUCACGACUUCCAUCCAUUGCCACUGCUAAAGCAACAGUUGCAGGGGCAGGGGCCAUUCUGCGCCCUGUUUCCAAUGGUACACAGGUUGUUAUGAAAAGAGCUCAGAGCAUGGCAGCAUGGGCACGUCCUAACCUUCGCUUAUCAUCAUGGAACUGCAUGGCUCCACGUCACAGAACCUCAGCUGCCUGUUCAAAUUCAAAAGAUGAGGCAAAUUCUGCAGAGUCCUCCUGUGGUCACGCUGAGACUUCUGAGCCUCUCCUUACUUCUCCUAAGACAAUGAAGAGCUCAAGUUGGACUUCGGAGAUUGAAUGCCCUAUUUCUGAUGGUAGGAUGGGUCCAGCUAUUGAUGAGGAUGAAGGUGACCAUGAUAGACGUGAAGAUCGCAUGACUGAAGUUGAAUUGUGGCAACAACUUGAGCAUGAACUAUAUGAUAGAACAGAAGGUGAGGAGCCGGAUGUAGCAAAAGAAAUAAGAGAAGAAGAAGAAGCGGCAAGAAGGGAAGAAGAAACCGAAGCGUCAAUAAGGGAAGAAGAAGAAGCGGCAAUAGCAGAGGUAACCAAUGGCCAGCCGGAGAGCUCUUCUCCAGGAAUGAAGGAAGCGCACAGGUUUUUUCCUGCAGGAAAAAUCAUGCAUAUUGUUACCCUUCAUAAUGAUACUGCCAAUUGUGACAGUGGCAGCCCUAGCUCCAGUGGCUCAGAUGAGCAGCCGCAGCAGCAGCAGCCAGAAGAGACCAGGAUUGGUAUGUUCCUCACUCCAAGAUCUCUGUACAGUAAGCUGAGGUUGUCGCAAACAAUGAUCAGCGAUCACUUCAUGCCAGUGUAUAGAAGACGGAUAGAGAAGCUGAUAAAAGAAUUUGAGAAAGAAGCAGCUUCAGUUGGAGAGGUAGUAUUAUAGGGGAGGGAGCCUGUAAUGGUAGUUUGUGUAUAUGCACCUGCACAGAAGCCCCCACGAAUUUUGGAAUCGGAGCUGCAUUGAGAUGACAGCCCUCCACCGCAUUGCAGCAAUAACAGAACUCAUGGUGAUCCCAAUAUGUAACACUACCUGAUAGGCAUCAAGUACUUUAGGAUUGCGGCUCCGCUCAUGUGCAUCAAUUUUGCUGGGACAAUGUGUUCGCUCACUUAAAAAUAUAUGGUUGUAAAUAAGUUUUUGUUUUACGAGUUACAAUUGAUUCGUUUUGUAUUCGUUUAUAGGGUAGGCAUAGUGUUCCUGUUUAACUUGUGAAUUUACUCUAAUAUAUAUAUCUAUCUAUUCUUUG